GUUUGUCGAGGAGUACCUGGGUCGACAGGAGGCUCAGGCUCAGCUGUUGAAGAGUGAAGAGAAGAUCAAUGAAUUGCAGGCAGAGCUACUUGCCUUCAAGUCCCAGUUUGGAGCGGUCCCAGUGGCCCUCUCCUCCGCCCGUCCUUCCCAGGCUGGCUUCCCCUCCUCCGCCUUUCCCUCCCUCCCUCCGCCUCCUUCUGGUCCGGGAGGUCCCAUGCCUCCUCCCCCUCCUCCUCCCCCCCUCCCAGGCUGCGGCCCACCUCCCCCGCCAGGAGUGCCUCCCCCGUUCGGUUGCCCCCCUCCCCCUCCUCCUCCACCGGGGUUCUGUGGGCUGGGCUCGCCUACCCACAACACCUUGCCUUUCGGACUCCGGCCCAAGAAGCAGUUCAAGCUUGAGACUUCCAUGAAGCGCCUCAACUGGUCCAAGAUCCGCCCCCAGGAGAUGUCCGAGAGCUGUUUCUGGGUGGUGGCUAACGAGGAUCGCUAUGACAACCCGGACCUGCUCAACAGACUGGCGCACACCUUUGGCUCCUACAGACCAG